AAUGCCAUCCAUGGUCACAUUCACAUCAUCUUAUUAACGUGAAAUUGGAACGUGGAUGGAAUUUUGAUCCCUUCUUCUUCUUCUUCUUCUUCCAAAAAUCGCUUUUCAGUCACUUUUCUCAAAAUGGACGAAGAUUCGCUCAAGCGCUACACCGAUUGCGUUUAUUUCUUGGCCUCUCCCCUCACUUGCAAGAAGGGGGCUGAAUGUGAGUAUCGGCAUAAUGAGAUUGCGAGGCUUAACCCUAGGGAUUGCUGGUACUGGCUAUCUGGCCAAUGCCUUAAUCCAACCUGUGCAUUUAGACACCCUCCAUUGGAUGGGCAUACUGGAGCGCCAGUGCCAUCUGAACCUACUCAAACUUCAUUACCUGCAAACAAGACACUGGUUCCCUGUUAUUUUUUCUUCAAUGGAUUCUGCAACAAAGGUGACAGAUGCUCAUUUUUGCAUGGGCCUGAUGAUAGCAUUUUUAAUAUAAAACCGGUGAAGAAUGAGAAUGGAAGCACUGAUGCACUCAACCUAGAAAAUAAAGCACCAUCUGGAAAUAGAACAGGUGUAACGUCAACACCAACUGAUCGAUCUGUAGCUGCACCAAAGAAUUUGUCUGAUCUUAAACAUCAGCCUAAGGAAGAUCAUCAGCUGGAAUUACCCAAAAAUGUUAAGCAGCAAGGUGAUUACCUAGAGUUAUCUGCUUCAGAAUAUAAAGAAGCUGCUGUGAGUAGGUCAGACUCUUCAAUUCCAGAUGAUGGCUUUGUUCAUAAUGUACCUCAUUUAUGCACUGGGCAGAGCUCAGAGGAGCAAGUAAAUAGUCACAUAGAGCCCGAGGAGUGGUGGGAAUCAUCCCCUCAUUCCCCUGGAUUUGAUGUUCUUGUUCAUGAUGAAGUGGAGAACUUGGGUUAUGAGGAAGAUUCUGAAUAUUUACCAGUGGUUGAUAGGGAUGAGCAAGAGCUGAAUGACCAGUACUUCAGGUAUGAAUUUAUAGAUCCAGUUGAGUAUGAUACUAUUUGCCCGGAAGCUGAUAUUCUGUAUGAACAAGAAACAUAUGAUGGUUACAGAUGUUUAGAUAGAGAUCUCAUUCAUGUUAAUGGAAGAACAGUUCAUGCUUAUGCCACAGAUGCAUUCUUAGAUCCUAUAUUGUCCAGGAAAAGGAUUCGGACAUCAGCUGAGAUGGCUGCUUAUGACAAGAAUUUAGAUCUUCGUGACCAUCUGAGGAGACGUAGAGAAGUUAAUGGUCCUCCUGUUACAGGUUUCUUAAGAAGACAAGAAUCAUCUCCUUUGAUGGUUCAAAACCAGGAAAGGCAUCUGAGGCAUGGCAUUGAGCAGCGGCCAAGUAGAAGACUGACAUCACAACUGGGAUAUAGUGCUAUAGAUUCAACUGGAGAGGUUGAAACUCUGUCAAUUGGUAACAAGCGCAGGUUAUUCAGGCAGUCCCAGGCCCAGCAACAUAGACCAAGGAAGAAUUAUAUAGAAAAACUACCAAAACGGCAGUUUGUUUCAUCUAAAAUAUCCAGGAAACCAGUUUUUAAACAAAGGGGACUUAUUCACGAGUCUUCUACAUUUUCAGGACCUAAGACUCUUGCAGAAAUUAAAGAAGAGAAGAUGAAGAAGAAUGCUGAAGGAAGUUUACAUUGGAAAAGCACAUCAACUGAUUUUCAGGAUCCCAAACCUCUGAGUGAAAUUCUCAAGGUCAAAAGGACCAUGGAUCAGUGAGAUUGGCAAAACCUGCAACAAUUGAAUUAUGAGAUUAAAAUGACUAAUGAUUUCAAGAGACUAAUAUUUUUACCGAAGAUAAAGGAUAAGUUGGCUGGAGACGGGUGCUAUCUUAGCAUCCUUUACCAUGCUAGGAUAUUGCCACUGGUAGAUGGUGAUAAGUUUUUGUUCGAGUUAGUGGAAGGUUAUGAGGGCCCGAGGCGGAUAGGAUAGAGAUAUUAGAUCACCAGUGUUUGACUAGAAAAGUUAUCUUCCAUAGUUAGUUCAAUAUGUUGAUUUAGACAGUGACGUCUUAAUCUAGAGAGUGGUAUGCUGAUUUACAUGAAUUUUAUGUGUGAUUUUGGCCUACUUGUUUUUCCUGUACAGAGCUGCAUUGACUCGCUACUCUGUCUUGGACAGUGUUUUUAGUAUAUGAUAAUUGUCCCCAUUCUGGAUUUUGACAACAA